AAAAGGCACUAACUCUGUUCUAUCUCCUAACCACCCUAAUCAGCAAACUCUCAAUACAUUCUUAAUAUCUCUCCUCCACUCGCUCUUUCUACUACCAUGGAACUUUCUCGAAAGGACCACCGUCAUGUGAUGAUUGCAGAAGAUGGGUCACAAAACCUCAACAGAAACACUUCCAAGUCAAAUCCUAAUCUUCCUUAUCCUUAUAACCCCAACCCCUCUUCUCUCUAUACACAUAAUAGUUUCUACAUCUACCACGGUCCACAAGUUCGUACCGUCAAAGAGUCCAUAAUAUCUUCCACCAAUGCUUCUUUUUUGGUCUAUCAAUCCAACUAGUUAGUUCAAUCCAUUUAAAACAGCCGGUCAUUUUGGUCAAUCACUCUAAAAAGAAAUAAAAAAUAGAAAGCAAUAAGCAUCAACGUUCCAGUUAUGCUGAUUUUCGUAGCUAAGGGAUGAAGUAUGGUGUGUCUCUUUUGCAGUUUUUUUAUUUAUUUAGAUAUGUUGUGAGUACAGAUCGGUUCAAACUUUACUCUCUUCAGAGACUUGUUGUAAGAUUGCCACAACUUGAAUUUGUAGCAUGUAAAAGGUACAUAUAUGAAACCCUUAUCUUUAUGUAUAUGAGUACAACUUUAUAUGUACUUUAUAUAUGUAGCAUGUAAAAAGUACAUAUAUGUAACCCUUAUCUUUAUGUAUAUGAUGAGUAUGUAUGUUUCUAUAUCACUCCGAUUUAAUAAGAAUCUAACAAAAAAAUACGUACGCCAAAUUUUUAAGGAAAAAUUCCAAUAACAAAAGUCAGAAAUUACUUGUACUGUACAAUUUCCAAAACUAUAUAUAACAUAAGGAAAUAUACCAUAACAUAUUUUCCAGUUAAAUAAAGGGAACUAUUUACCGGAGUAUAUAGUAUAACAACUUGCAACAUAAUCAGCUUAUAUUAAUUCUGUGUGAUAUGACAUUUCAAAAAAAAAAAUCCUUAUAAAACUAUUUUUAGUACAGAAAGUUUAUAUUGUAGUUAUAUAUUGAUUUAAAUAUAAAAAUACAAAAUUCUCCUGCGUAUGUUCUUUUUUCUUCUUUCUCCAAAAUUUUUGAGUCGAAUUUAAAUUUGGGUGGAUCUGAAUGAGGUGAUCCUAAUCACUAGUUGAAGUUACUAGACCACUGCUCCAAAACGACAUCACUCCUGCAAGUGGACCUGCAACAGAAACAAAAGUGUUGGGCCAAAACACACUUAAGCCCAAACCAUUUAAGUUCAAGACGGAAACGACGACGUCCAGCUCUCAACGUUCGUCUUCAAUGUUCCUGCAAAAAGACAAAGGAAACAGAGAAACAGAGAUGACGAAAGCAAAAGCUUGUACGGAGACGACCAAGCUUUCAAACCAAUUCUCAGCCCUUGAUGGGUUAGAGACAACAGGAUGAAGACACCUGUAAGGGUUUAGCUAGGGUUUCAGUUCUCAAGUGUUCUUGUAUAAAAGCUAAAGCUUGAGCCGCUUGUAAAACUCUUAAGAAUGAAUGAAAUCUGAA